AAUGACAGAUGAAGAAAGAAAUGAAUUGGAAAAACAAGUGAAAACUCUUCAAGAAGGUUAUCAUUUGUUAUUCAGCGAAUCUCUGAAACAAUUACAAGAAUCGCAAACCUCAGGAGACGUAAAAGUAGAGGAGAAGCUUGAUAAAGUGAUUGCAGGCACCAUUGAUCAGACAACUGGAGAAGUCCUUUCAGUCUUUCAGGCAGUUUUAAGAGGCCUCAUUGACUAUGACACAGGGAUCAGGUUGCUUGAGACACAGCUAAUGACUUCUGGUCUAAUUUCACCAGACUUAAGAAAGUGCUUUGACCUGAAUGGUGCCGAAAGUCAUGGCCUUAUUGAUGAACAAAUUCUGUGCCAACUCAAAGAACUAAAUAAAGCUAAGGACAUUAUUUCUGCUGUGUCAUCUACCAGAAUUCCAGUACUGGAUGCUCUGGCGCAAAGCAAGAUAUCAGAGUCCGUGGCUAUCAAAGUUCUUGAGAUAUUGCUUUCUACAGGCUCUCUGGUUAUUCCAGCCACAGGAGAACAGUUGACCCUCCAGAAGGCUUUCCAACAGAACUUGGUUUCCUCAGCAUUAUUUGCCAAAGUCCUGGAAAGGCAAAAUAUGUGCAAAGAUCUUAUUGACCCUUACACAUCUGAGAAGGUGUCCUUAACAGAGAUGGUACAAAGAAGUAUUUUACAGGAAAAUACUGGGAUGUGGCUUCUACCUGUGAGACCCCAAGAAGGAG